AUGAGAGUUGUGGUGACAGGUUUAGGAACAAUUUCUCCACUUGGAAUUGGUACCAAACACAAUUGGACUCAACUUUUGAACCAUAAGAGUGGUAUAAUUUCUACUCAACACUUAGGUCCUCAGUGGCAGGAUAUUCCUUGCAAAGUUGUAGGUAAAGUACCAUCUGGUUCAAAAAAUGAUAAUAAAUGGGACGUUUCAGAUCACUUUAAUCGAAGUGACAGCAACAGAUUAUCAUUAUUCACACAAUAUGCACUUGUUGCUGCUGAAGAGGCUAUUAAAGAUGCCAAAAUUGACUUAGAUUCUAUUGACAAAACUACAGUAGGAGUAAAUGUUGGAUCAGGUAUCGGGUCUUUUCAAGAUACUUAUGAUAAUGCUGUAGCAUUUCAACAAGGUUAUAAAAAGGUUCAGCCAUUUUUCAUUCCCAAAAUAUUGACGAAUAUGGCAGGAGGUAAUAUUUCUAUCAAAUACCAAUUCCAAGGACCCAAUCACGCAGUUGCAACAGCUUGUGCUACAGGUUUACAUGCAAUAGGUGAUUCAUACAACUUCAUAAAAAAUGGAUAUGCCAAGAUGAUGAUAAGUGGUAGUUCUGAAGCAUCUAUACACCCUUUAGCAUUACUGGGAUUUGCAAGAGCUAAAAGUGUCGUGACCUCAUUCAACGAUGAACCUGAAAAGGCAUCUCGACCAUUCGAUAAAGAUAGAGGAGGAUUUGUUCUUGGAGAAGGUACAGGUGUUUUGGUGGUUGAAAGUUUGGACCAUGCAUUGGAUCGUGGGGUCAAAGAGGAAGAUAUUUAUGCAGAAAUGGUAGGGUACGGUUUGUCAGGCGAUGGACAUCAUAUAACUGCUCCUCCUGAAGACGGUAAAGGUGCUGCACUCUCCAUGAGAAUGGCAUUGAAACAUGCUAAUAUCACCCCAAAACAAGUAGACUAUAUCAAUGCCCAUGCUACCUCAACAAAAAUUGGUGACAAAGCUGAAAACAAUGCCAUUAGAUCAAUAUUCCCCCAAUCAGUUUCUGUUUCAUCAACAAAAUCUUCAAUAGGUCAUUUGUUAGGGGCAGCAGGAAGUGUGGAAUCCAUUUUCACCAUCUUGGCAGUGAAAAAUAACCAAUUACCUCCAACCUUAAAUCUCCAACAUCUAGAACCAGAUUUCCAAUUCGACUACGUGCCACAAACUAAAUCUAAAACAGUUAAUUAUGCUUUAAAUAAUUCAUUUGGUUUUGGUGGUGUCAACAGUUCAAUAAUAUUUAAAAAAUUCCAAUUAUGA